GUGCACGACGCGUAAGGUCGUUGCACACCAUUUCUGCUCAGCUUGCCGUCACGGCGGCCGCAGGGUCGACCAAACCCUCACUAUGCGCUUCCUACAAGUCACUGACGGUGGAGAGUUGAGCCUCACCGAGGACCUGGGCGAAUCUUCUACACCCUACGCCGUCUUAUCCCAUACGUGGGGCCACAAGAACGACGAAGUCAGCUUCCAUGACGUUGAGAACAGGACAGAAAAGACAGAAAAGACAGUAAAGAGCAAGGCUGGAUACACGAAAGUGUCAUUUGGAAUCAGGCAAGCACGAGUCGAUGGGAUAGACCUUUUCUGGGUGGAUACUUGCUGCAUCGACCAGAACAGUUCCGCGGAGCUGACAGAAGCCAUCAACUCUAUGUUUCGAUGGUAUCAAAAGGCGGCCAAAUGCUAUGUCUAUCUCUCGGAUGUACGUGUGGACCCGAACCUCCAAUCGUCUACGAGCCGUUCCUGGGAACCUGCCUUUCGAUCCAGUCGGUGGUGGAGGCGUGGAUGGACACUACAAGAGCUCCUGGCGCCGACUGUAGUUGAAUUUUACUCCGUGGAGGGUAUACGGUUAGGGAGCAAAGAGACGCUAGAAGCGCUUAUCAACGAGAUUACCGAAAUUCCACUAUCGGCUCUGCGGGGCGCGACCUUGGACACAUUUACCGUGGAUCAACGCCUUCAAUGGGCUAAAGGUCGCCGUACGAAGAGAUGCGAAGACGAAGCUUACUGUCUUCUGGGAAUCUUUGGCGUCUUCAUGCCUCCAAUAUAUGGGGAAGGCGACGACAAUGCAUAUAGGAGGCUAUUGGAUGAGAUCGACAGAGCUUCGCGGAACCAGUACAAUGGCCGCUUGGGCCCUUACGUGCUUACGACACGGCCAGAGCAGACGAGAACGGCACCCGUCUUCGGCAACAAUCUGUUGCCGCUUGGACUUCCCAUGGGAUCUGGUGUCGACCAGAGAAAUAAUGCCUUUGCAGCGCUUAAGAAACGAAGUCCGCAGCAUCUUUCUUGUGAGGUGGACAAGUACUGGAACUAUUUCAAGAAAUACAACUACGACAAGGCUCUUUCUCGCGCAUCCAUUGCAGCCACAGGAUCCUGGAACUGGUUCACCAGCCACGCUGAUUUCUGCAAGUGGUCAUCGUCAGCAGUCAGACCAGUAAAGGAUCCUCCGCAAUUCUUCUGGGUGAUCGGGUCGACCGGGACAGGAAAAUCGGCCCUAGCCGCUUACACGAUUGAAAUCCUGCGAAAGAGGCAGCCCACGUCGUCGAACGGCACACCUCUAGUCCUAUACAGCUUACAUGAAGUGCCCAACAACCAAAAUAGUAGCCAGAUGAUCUGUGUCUUGAUUCACCAAAUCUUGGAAUGGCAUCCAAGUCUACGAGAAGCAGCAUACCUGAGGGACAUGGGUGCAUUUGGUCAUCUCACAUAUCAUUGGAACCGACCAACGACACAUCUUUGGCCCUUGUUGAAAAGUCUUCUCACGCAAGCUCUGAAUCAUGUGGACACAAUAUUCAUCGUGUUGGACGAGGUUUACAGACUAGAUUUUGAGCCUCAGAAAGAGUUCAUCGAGCAGCUAAGAUCCUGCGAAGGCGAUAUCCGAAUUCUGCUUUCCUGGAGGCCAUCCAGCGGACGACAUUCUUCGGACGACACACUUCUCGCCGAAGGCAAACCAAACGCGGUGAUUCUGGAUCUUGAAGACGACCAGUGUGCGAUGUCCGGUAUUGACAGUGACCUAGAUCAUUAUGUGAGAGUUGAGCUACAAUCAGCAGCCUUCGAACAUUUCUCAGAGGCUGUCAAAGUUCAGACAUUGAAAAGCCUUAGACAAUCAGCUGGCUUCACCUUCCUAACGACUAGCCUUACCCUCGCCUGGCUGUCAAUGGCUCAAUCGAAAGACACAGAUCAAAUUCUGGCGCAGCUCUCAUGCUUUCCAGUCGACAUUGAAGAAAUUUACAAGAGGCUUCUAGACGGAUUGCGACAUAUCUGUGACGAUACUAGCGUCAUUCCAGAAGUUCUUAAAGCCCUGAUGUUUGGGUUUGAGUCUUACACCCUUGCAGAGAUGACCGCCGUCGUCGACUGGUUUCGCUACGAUGCUGGGCAUCGCAUCUCCCCGAAAGACCUGCGCUUUGCUCUCGGUCAUUGUCGUCCCCUGAUUACUCUGAGAGGCAAGACUGAGAGAAUCCAAUUCUGCCAUCGCUCUGCUAGAUCCUUUUUGCUGUCAUAUCUCUCUGCUCUUUCCCCUCAAGAUUCGUUCUCUAUGAACAGCAAAUACAGUCACCAACAGCUAGCAAGCAUGUGUCUCUCAAUCAUGGUAUCAAUGAAGCACGUGAAAUGGCCACCUAAGCGACUUUACUACGGCGAUCUCCUACAGCCUAUUUUCAACCAAAAGCUCCUUUCAGGGUAUGCCUUCCGUCAUUGGUAUCGACAUCUGCACGCAGCUUGCCAAUCAAAAACAUUUGGGGAUCUUUCACGGGAGCUUGUUGAAAACGUCCGACAAUUCAGUAGGCUUUGGAUGGAGCCUGACACCGACACCGAGAGCCUUCGUCAUGUGAUUAUCAACCUCGGCGAAGUGUCUGGCGCUGAAGAUUUUCAACGCAAACUGCAUCGAUUUGAACUGUUCUGCGCCCUAGGUCUCACAUCAUUCGUCCAGGCCAUAUUGGAUAGCAAAGUCAAAAUCAUUAACAUACCUGUGUUCAAGAAGCGUUUCGAGAAGGCCCUAGCCCUUUCAAUCAAGCAUGGCCACCUAGAGACCGCUAAGAUGCUCAUCAAGCGUUAUAAAAUCACGUGUUUGGAUGGCCCGGCUUACAAUGGCCUUCUCCUGGCCACUGCUCGGCUGGGUAUGCGUGAACUCAUGGAGCUGGUCCUAAAAUUGCGCAAACGUGAACCCAUGGAGGUCAAUAUGGCCCACGGAGCCGCCGUCCUCACAGGUAACCGGGACGUUUAUCAGGCUCUGUCCAAGGGCAAAGCUUUUCAAGGUCAAGGAAGGUGGGGAGAAACAAUUCUCCAUGCUCUAUUCUCAGAAAGGUCCACAAAUCUAAGUGGCACAGACUUGUCAGACGCCGCUCGAGUGAGAAUGCUCGUCACGCAACAAGGCAUCGACCCCAACGUGAAAGAACAAUCAAUGGGGAAUACCGCGUUGCAUCUGGCUUGUUGGAAUGGGUUUGGUCCAGUUGCUGUAGAUGAACUCAUCGCCGCUGGUGCCAACACCCUGAGCCAGAACAAGUUCGGCUGGACUCCAUUGCAUCUGUGCGUUCGGUACGGCCGGUUUGAGACGACAGAACUGCUGAUUAAAAAGGGAGGAAGAGCGCUUGUUGAAAAGCUGACAAGAAACCGCAACUCGGCGCUUCACUGGGCUACGGAGACCAUGUCUGCGAACACCUGUUUUGACAGUCUAUGUUGCCCUGUUCUCUACCAAAGGGAGAUCUAUGAAGAACAACGCAUUAGAUCGGUGAAGCUGCUCCUUGAGAAUGGAGCGAAUCACCUCCUCAUGAACGCGAGAGGAGAGCCUGCGGGACGGAAGGCUCUCUCUGGACCCUCGGGUCAAGCACUCCUGAAGAGUAUACAAGCAUUUAGCAACAUUGAGAGGGUCUCAACUCAUGCACAGCUGUCCGACUCGGAGACCGUAGGGGAGAGGUCGCCGGGUGAAUGGGAACCGUCUCCUCUCAUGACCUCUGAGUCGGACAGUGACAUCCUCACAGAUACUGCUCGUAGCUGGAGCGUAGCUGGAGCAUAGCUGGAGGCUGAAACGGGGAGCGGUGCAUCGCUGAAUUUUCCCUUCUCAGCACAACAGAAAGCGCCGGAGUCUGGAUUUCACGACGGCUCUAAAUAGGCCUGAAACGGCCACAGGUGAUGGAUAUAGGAGACAGUCUACAUAGUAAGGAUUCUGACGAUGGAUAUAGCAGGGAAUCUCAAGGGCUGGGCUUACGACAGUCCGGUGAAUUCAUGGUCCUCCGUAUACAGCCUAGAAC